AUAUUUAUAGAUGCCUGAUUGUUCCUCACAGGUAUAAUGGAUGGAUGUCAGUUGGAGGUCUGGUCGACGUGCUGCCUGCCCACCAAAGUCCUGUGUUCAACUCUGUUUAAUUAAUUUCAAGGGCGGACGUCAUCCUUAAAGAUGAAGUUGAAAGAGGACAUUAACCCCCUGCUGCUGCAGGUUUUUCGCUCUGUUGUCUGGGUCUACUCUGUCAUCACCUUCAUACCCUGGUACUUCCUCUCUGGUACUGGCAGCAAUUUGGAACAGGCUCGCCGGAUCAAGGCUCGCUCCAUUAGCAAUCAACCCGCAGGACCUUACAGGGCCGUGAACAGUUUAGAGAAGUUGGUAGCGUGGCUGCACCCUGGGGUGGACACGCUAGACAAAAUGUUUGAACAUGCGGCACAGAAGUUUCCACAGAGAGACUGUCUGGGUACCAGGGAGCUGCUCAGUGAGGAGGACGAGCUUCAGCCUAAUGGGAAGGUCUUCAAGAAGGUGAUUCUGGGAAACUACAACUGGCUGUCAUAUGAAAAAACCUACAAGGCAGCAAAAAGCUUCGGCAGUGGCCUCGCAAGUCUGGGCCAGAAGCCUCAGUGUAACAUCGCCAUCUUCUGUGAGACCAGAGCGGAGUGGGUCAUAGCAGCACAGGCCUGCUUUAUGUACAACUUUCCCGUUGUGACCCUGUACUCCACACUGGGACCUAUGGCUAUCGCACACGGCCUGAACGAGACCGAGGUCACACACAUCAUUACAAGCAAGGAUCUGCUCAACACUAGACUGAAGGCCAUUCUGUGUGAUGUGCCCAGGCUGCGAUUUAUCAUCGUAGUGGACAGUAAACCCACGAGCUGGCCAGACAUGCCCAGAGGCAUUCUGGUCUACAACAUGGACACCGUGAGAGAGAUGGGAUCCAAACCUAGUAACAUCUUAGUUGAGCGUAAACAUCCGCGGCCCUCGGACAUCGCCGUCAUCAUGUACACCAGUGGAUCAACAGGAAUUCCCAAAGGUGUCAUGAUCUCCCAUGGCAACAUUAUUGCUGGCGUCACCGGCAUGGCCGAGAGAAUCCCUAACCUCAAUGAGACCGACACCUACAUCGGCUACCUGCCAUUGGCCCAUGUUUUGGAGCUCAGCGCUGAGCUGGUGUGCAUCUCUCACGGCUGUCGCAUUGGUUACUCCUCACCUCAUACUCUGUCUGACCAGUCCACCAAAAUAAAGAAAGGCAGCAAAGGUGAUGCCAGUGUGCUGCAGCCUACUCUCAUGGCCGCUGUACCAGAGAUUAUGGAUCGCAUUUACAAGAACGUAAUGACCAAAGUGGAGAUGAUGAGCAAGUUCCAGAAGACUCUCUUCGUGUUGGCUUAUAACUAUAAGAUGGAGCAAAUCUCCAAGGGCUAUAGCACUCCACUUUGUGACAGCCUGGUCUUCAAACGUGUGCGCGCUCUCUUGGGAGGAAAUACACGGGUGCUCCUUUCUGGCGGAGCUCCUCUCUCUGCUGCCACACAGCGCUUCAUGAACAUCUGCAUGUGCUGCCCAGUGGGGCAGGGCUACGGCCUGACAGAGACCUGUGGAGCCGGAGCCAUCAGUAGUGCAUGUGACUACAGUACUGGACGUGUCGGUGCUCCACUUGUUUGUUCAGAGAUCACAUUGAAGGACUGGGAAGAAGGCGGCUACCACAGCACGGACAAGCCCAACCCACGUGGAGAGAUUCUGGUUGGUGGGCCCAACGUGUCCAUGGGUUACUACAAAAACGAAGCGAAAAACCGUGAGGACUUUUUUGUUGACGAGAACGGACAGCGAUGGUUCUGCACCGGAGACAUCGGACAGUUUGAUCCCGACGGGUGCCUCAGGAUCAUUGAUCGUAAGAAGGACCUGGUGAAAUUACAGGCAGGAGAGUACGUGUCUUUAGGAAAAGUGGAGGCUGCUCUAAAGAACUGUCCUUACAUUGACAACAUCUGUGCAUAUGCUAACAGUGACCAGUCGUACGUGAUCAGCUUUGUGGUACCUAACCACAAGCAGCUGAUGGCGCUGGCAGAACAGAUGAGUGUAUACGGCACGUGGGAGGAAAUCUGCAACAACCCCCAGAUGGAGAAGGAAGUUCUUCACAUCAUUACCGAAGCUGCUGUCUCAGCGAAACUGGAACGGUUCGAGAUCCCAAAAAAGAUCCGUCUCAGUUCUGAGCCCUGGACCCCAGAGACUGGUCUGGUCACUGACGCCUUCAAACUGAAACGCAAGGAGCUGAAAACUCACUACCAAGACGACAUUGAGAGGAUGUAUGGUGGAAAGUAACAGAUGCAGCGUCCAGGGAACCAAACAACACAAACAUACCUACAGUAAUAUUUACAUAUUUACUAUCAGGGCAACUUAUAGAGAAAUUAUGGCUCAAGGUAACACACCUGAGUAAAUACAGCUACACAGUCGCAUCACAUACUACUCCUCAUUGUCCUCCUACUCCUCCUUAGUGUCCCUUCCAACAGCUUUGAACAAAGGAGGGUGAAUGACUGUCGAAUCUCUCAGAAUGCUCUCUGUCAUGACCAAAGGGAAAAAGGUCCCUGA